CUCAGUUGCUUCGCAGUCGCGCGCUCUCUUAGACGCUUUCGCUUCCUCCCGCUCGACCCGCUGCGCUCCGCUUGUGUGCAUCUGGCUAAUUAACUGAAUGUCAAAGACUCCCCAAGACGCGCGCGCGCCCACUGUGUGCGUUACAUUGUGAAACUCUUCAAUCCGAUACGGAUCGGAAAAGCCCAGAGGCAGAUGGUUCUCGUUCCAUAAAAGCGCAUGCCCGCUGCGAUAUUGGUUUCACUCUACGCCGGCUAAGGGACAGGCACAGGCGCAGGCACAUUGCCCAAGCCCAACAAAUUACACCUCUCUGUCUCUCUCACUAUCCGAUCGAAGAAAAUCAAAACCGAAGUCGAGCUUAUUUCGGAAUCGAAGCCGAAAACAGAAACGGUUCAGCAGAAACUAAAGUGAAAAGCAACAACGACUAAUUGAAGUGUGUCUGUCUUCCACCUUCCACUCUCCCUCCAUAUCGCGCUCUCUUCGCUUCGCAAGCGUGCGAAAGGAAACAAACAAAACGGAAUAAAAAGCACAUCGGAAAGAGCCCAACGCUCAAAAAUAUUUAUAAAUAUAUUAACCAAACGACAACUACGGCAGCAGCAGCAGCAGCAACAACAACUAAAACAUCGUCAUCAUCAUCAUCAUCAUCAUCAUUAUAAUCAACAAUACUACCUACCACUACCAACAAGAGCCCGGCAUUAAUAUUUAGUCGUGCCAGUUUAUUUAUUUUAUAUACGGGCGUAUACGGCAAGCUCAUAAAAACUGCGCGGAAAAAAAAUAACAAAAACAAAAACAAAAACAAAGUUGAAGCAAUAAGAAAAUCGGAAUAAGCCCCAGACAGACCAAGCGAUCAUCGCCGCAACUAAACACACUCGUACCUGUAUAUCAAAGCCCGACACAGACGGCUAACCCCACAGAGCCGUCCACAGAAUCCCCUAUACCCAUAUAGGAGUACGAGUACACAGAACAGAAGAGCACAGAACCCAACAAAUCGGACAAGAUGCCGCCCAUGUGGUACCAGCUGAUCAAAAUUUUGGUGCUCCUCUUCGCCCUCUUUACCACGAUAGUUUGUAUCAAUAGCGAAAUAUCAAAACGACGCGAAGCUGAGGCAGCGGCAGCGACUGCGGCUGCGACCCUGGCAGCUGUCGAAGCUGCGGCGGGCCGGCCCAAACUCAAUCCCAGCACAGACAUGUCCGACUUUAUGUCCGACAACCUGCUGCACAUUCUGCGGAGCAAGGCCAAGGAGCAUCAGGGCAAGGAGCAUCAAGAAGCAGCGGACAGAGUGGAUCAUCCGGAGUUGCAGCCGGCGGAGUUGCCCGCCAAGGAUCUCAAUCAAACCAUUAAUGAUAUUUUCAAAGUGUACGACGCUCCAGGUGUACAUAUUUUUAAUACAACGACAACGGACUAUGCACCCCUCAUGCCCAUACACACCAUGAUCGACCAGUCCCAGCCCCAGCCCCAGCAACAGACACAGCCACAGCCACAGGCAACGCCCAGCCAUUACCAUCAAUAUCACAGCCUGAGCCAACAAGAUCAAUACUUCAAAGUGCAGCGCUCCCCGGAUGGCAAGCUGAAUCUGGUCUUUAACGAUACGUUCGUCUCUUUGCAGGGCACAAAUCCGGCAACGGUUACGAUGCCAGACCAACAGGGGGAAGCCCAAAGGACGCGACAGCCGCCAGAGAAUCCUAUUGUCUUUCCCGAUUCAGCAGUCAUGCACCAGAUGAGGACGCCCGAGCCGCCACUGAUCAAGCGGGAUAUACCGCAGUGCGUCGAGGAUCAGGACAAUCACAAGUCCAAGUCAUUCUGCACCGAAGUGCAGAACUAUCCGGAUCUGUCGCGCAUCAAGGGAAAGCUCUCGCAGAAUUUCUCCAAUUUCUUCAGUGAUCCCGAGCCCGUGCCCAUGGACAUCAGUUCGCGACUGGGACCCAACGAUGAGGUAUUUCUGUGCCGUAGCCACCGGAGGUACUUGUACCCCAAGUCGGGCCUGAAAUCGGACAACACCUGGCAGUUUAUAGUCAACAACGAAGAGUUCAAGCAGGGCAUACUCAUUGAGGAGUGCGAAAACGAGGACAUGCCCUGUGACUACUCCUCGAGCUUCCCGCAGCGUUACAAGCCCAUCUGCAAGCAGCACUACGUGAUGCGAAUGCUGGCCAGUAUUCGCAACACGAGCGGCGAGGAGCUGGACGUGGCCCAGGAGUCCUUCAAGAUACCCUCCUGCUGCAAGUGUGUGCUCAAAGUUCUCUAAACGAGACCAUUCGAGGCGCUCGAUGCUGCUCGUAGCUGCGAUAAUGUGAUUUUGAGCACAAAAGUUUCACCCACCACAGAAUGGCAGGCCAAACUGUCCCAGGGGUCGUUGUUGUUUUAUAAUUUGUAUUUGAAUGCACAAAAAAAGAAACAAAAACCAGCUGAUCCAACUGGCAGAUAGUCCGAUCUAAGUUAAGGCAUUUGUAAUUUCGUUUCUCAUCGAGUCAGUGUAAACAUAUUCGUGUCAUAUUUUGCUCCUGUGCCUGGUUUCCUCCUCUGUGCCAGUGUCUAAGCUAAGCUAAGCUGCAUGCAAUUGCAUUAUAGUUCUAGAGUACGAAAAAAUCGUUUCAAAAAUGUAUGUUAACAACAACAGAAAAUGUAUAAUAAAUGUAUGCAAGUA